AUGCGCCGUGAAAUUAUUGAAUUGAAAAAGCAGAACACUGUGCUUAGAACAGAUAUCAACUACAAAGAACAAAUGAAGCGUCUUUUGAAUUUAGAAAUAGUUGGUCUCCCUGAGGAUAAAUGCGAGAACCUAACGAAUAUAAUCAUAGCCUUGGGGAACCAAUUUGGAGUCCCGUUGGAGCAUAACGAUAUUAUUCAUGCAAACAGAAGCAAUCCUCAACAACCAGGACCAUCACAACAACCGACGCCAUCGCCACAACAACCCGAGCCAUCCCCACAAGAACCCACGCCAUCCCCACAAGAACCCACGCCAUCCCCACAAGAACCCACGCCAUCCCCACAAGAACCCACGCCAUCGCUACAAGAACCAUCGCCAUCGCCACAACCAUCGCGAAAGAAAAGACGGCUGAAUACGAAUGCACAAAAUGAUUCUCUUGAUAAUAUAUUGAAGGACACUUUUGCCAUAAUUGAGAAAAGUUCAACUUCCAUAAAUGAUCCAUGUGUAUCAUUCUUCAUGGAAAAUACGAUCCUUACACUCAAUCAUGUGUUAAAAAUGCUAUUAAUACUAUUAUUCACGAAGCGGACAUGGGAAAAUAUAAGAUGUAUAGACCAGGAUAUUACACACAACCACCCACUACCACGUCAUCCAUAA